AUCUCUUGCUUUUUCCUUCGCAAAUUUUGGACCUCACAAAUUUCGCCUCCUUCAGGUUCACACACACGUCACCCUUGAGCAUCCCCACCAUUUUCUCUCUGCACAUAUUUUCUUUGUGUCUUUUCACGAACACUUCUUCGCCUGCGUCCUUCACUUCUACCUAAUUGGCUUUCUUCAGUGCCUAUCUCUUAUUCUGUUCUGUUGAAAUUACUAUUGUUUGGGUUGAUUUGAGAUUGUCAGGAGAGGAAAAGGAUGGUGGGUGCUUUAUCUGUUGUGGGGGGUUCAUCAGUCAUGGACUCGCAGACUUCUCCAUGUCUGUGUGUGGAUGCUUUGCCUACGACGAGUGUGAAUCUCAAGAGUGGAGAUGUUAUUCUGUGGAGGAAUCCAACGGAGAAGAAGCAGAUAGUGAAAAGUGGGGCCAUGGAUUUGAGAAGUUCCUUCAUUGAUCCUGGGCGAGAGUGGCGGCUCUGUGUUACCAAAAGUUGCAAGAAGCAGCGCAAGGGACGAAAACUGGCCGUUGUCAAUGAGCUCGGUGGGCAAUAUGAGGACACUUUUGGUGAUGUUAAGAUGCAACUACUCAACUAUUUCACUUACAAGGCUGUGAGGACUGUUCUACACCAGCUGUAUGAGAUGAAUCCACCCAAAUACAGGUGGUUCUACAAUUUUGUUGUAUCAAACAAGCCAGAAGAUGGGAAACUUUUUCUCCGAACCCUUGGGAAGGAACACCAAGAACUUGCUGAGAGAGUGAUGGUAACGCGGCUUCAUCUUUAUGGUAAAUGGGUGAAGAAAUGUAAUCAUGCUGAGAUAUACCAAGAAAUCUCAGACGAGAACUUGGAGUUGAUGAGGGAAAGGCUCAUGGAGACUGUAAUAUGGCCCUCAGAUGAUACAAACACAGAAAAAAUUGGCUGAUAACAAGUCAGGACUUCUCAUCUUACCUUUUGUUUUGCUUCCUUUCUAUGUUUUAUCCUCUCCUAAGCUUAGGUAUAAUUUUUGCUUCAAUAUGUAGUCCUUUUCCUUCAAUUGUGAGCUCUGUGUUCUGUAAAUUGUGUAUAUAUAUCCAUGUUUUAGAUAGUUUGAUCCGAAGGAUUUACAAGUGGCCUAUAUAUUCUGGGCAACUGAGAACAGUAUUUCCGACAAA